UCCUUUGAGAGAGACAGCAAGAAAAAGAAGAAGACGAAGAAGAAGAGGAAGAGAGAGAAAUUUCGAGUUCAGACUUCAGUCUCUGGUUAGGACGAGAGAAUUUGGUGAUUCCGGCGCGCUCAAUCCGCGAUAUAGAUAGGAAGGAAGUAGAAUUUUGCGGGAUUCACCAUAAAUCCUUGGUUUUCUUCAACAAAAUUCUACAAGAAGUUGAGGUUUGAGAACUAUGAGGGUUGUGUGAACAAAUUUAGGUUGUCUUCUCAUAGGAAGGUUGUAAGGGAAAUUAGCAAUCUGUUCGGAUAGGGUUUUCGUUACAGAAUCUUUAGGGGUGGAGGUAAUAUGAACAGAGCUGGGGUUUAUACAGUUGGUAUUGCGUAGAAAAUUAGGGUUUGGAAGGUAGGGUGCAAGAAAACAGAAAGGAUGAAAGGUGGCCGGUCUCACCGAUUGGCGAGUACCGAGCCUCCAGAUGACUGGGUAAAUGGUUCAUGGACUGUCGAUUGUUCGUGUGGUGUUACUUUUGAUGAUGGAGAAGAGAUGGUUAAUUGUGAUGAGUGUGGUGUAUGGGUUCAUACUAGAUGUUCUCAAUAUGUGAAGGGGGAAACUUCGUUUUCUUGUGAUAAGUGUAAGAAAAAGAAGAGUAGAAAUGAUAACAAUGAAGAAACUGAGGUUGCUCAAUUGCUUGUUGAGUUGACUAGUAAGACGAUGAGGAUGGAUAAUCUUCGCCGUUCAACUCCAUCAGCUCCUCCUCGGCCUCGUCCUGCUUACAGGCUUUGGACGGAGAUCCCAGUUGAAGAUAGGGCUCAUGUUCAAGGGGUUCCUGGUGGAGACUCUUCUCUCUUUCAAGAGUUAUCGUCGGUUUUCAAUUCUGAGUUGUGGAAGUGUUCAGGUUAUGUUCCGAAAAAGUUUAAUUUUCAGUAUAGAGAGUUCCCUUGUUGGGAUGAUGAGAAGGAGGAAGGAUUGAUUGAUGCUAGAAUUGAAGAGGAAACAGAUAAUAUUGCCGAUAGAGGUGCAAAUGUUCUGUGCUCCUUGUGGAAAGACAAGCCAACAGAAAUGGAAGCUAGUUUUGGAGGUUUAGUUGAGGAAGCCGAUUGUAAGGAGAAGAUUGGUCAAAAAGAGAAGUAUUCGGAGAAUCAUGUGAAGAUUGGUCAAAAAGAGAAGUUUUCGGAGAAUCAUGUGAAGAAGGAUAAAACCCAUCUUGCGCAUGCAGUUCACCCGAGCAAGCAGAAGGAAUUUGUGAGAUCCAAGGAGAGGAGUGGAAAGAAGAAAGCUAGGAGUGCCGAAAAAGAAGCUGAUAGGAAAAAAAGAGCUUUCACACCUCCUGUUGAUGCACGAAAAGUAGUAUGCCAUGAUGAUGGAGGGUCCAAGGUUGGUGCUAUAGAAUUUCAACAUAGGAAGAAAAAAGUUAGGAUGGAAGUCAAAUCAACAGAGCCAAAUGGGGGUUGCCCUGAUGCUGCUAAUAGCUAUGAAAUGAUGAAACAUCAGUCAGCAAGUAAGGUACAUAAUUCUGAGCACCUUUUCGAAGAGGCAUCAAGAAGUCAUGUUUCUGUAGAAGUAGUAGAAAAAUCAAAGAAAGUGAACAGUCGAAGUCCUACGAGGACUGGUGAUUCUCCAAAAAUUGCUGCUGUUUCAGCAUUCCUUACAGAAUCAAAUACCGUUGGUGGUUCUCUUGCUAACAUUGAGCAUGUUAACAUGGUCGUUCAUAGUUCAAACCAUGUUAAGGACGAAAACCAUGAAUUGAAGGACUUAAGUGGAAGUUCUUUCAGCGUUAAGGAGGAUCAGAAAGUGAAGUCCCCUGUUAGAGAUCUACAGAAUGAUGUUACAGCCAUGCAAGACAAUAAUAAAGUUCAAGUUUUGUCGGAUGUUGGGGUUUCGAGGAGCCCAGUACAACGUGAUACUAAACUGGAAAAAAAAACUGAUGUUGAUCUGCAUAAUGGGGAUAUACGUUUGUUGUCUUCUUCUCUAACUGAUGAAAAGCUUGAACCAGCAAAGCUCUUGGAAAAACUUGGAGCAAGCAUCAGCCCAUCCCUUGAUGAAAAAUGUCAGAAUGGUAACAGGGAGAUGAAAGCAGUGGACCAUUGUCGUAAGAGUGAAACAGUGGAAAUUACAGUUUUGACAUCUAGGGAACGUAGUCUGCAUGGAGAAAAGUCAGAGAGCUCAGCAAUACCGCCGUCUGCAAAAGAAGCUUCUUUGGAGUCGAAGCCUGAAACGAAAAAUGUUGAAGAGCCAUCAGUCUAUGAUGGCUUGAACACAGACCCUCGGGUAAAGGUUGAUCAGCAAAAAGCUGUUUCAGCUGUUGGAAAAUCUUCGACGUCACCCACCAUAGUGUUCUCUAGAUCAUCUUUUUCAGCUAGCUCCAAGACUCAUGAAACCAAGGGAUCCUUAAGUUCGCCGAGAUCUAUUAACAGCAGUAAACAAGUAAAGACAAAUGUGGAAAUUAAGAAAGAUCAUCCAGCCAAUGACGUACUGAGGAAAGGUGGCAGACAUGACGCGGAGAGAAAGACGGCAAACGAUCUCCCGAAGGUUUAUUCUAGUUCUGGAUCAAAAGCAUCACAGAUCAGCAAGACUACUCAUGUACCCUCCUCCAAGCGUGUGUCUCAUUCAAAAGAGCAGGUGCCUGUACCAUCUUCUAAGACUUCUACGACCCAUAAUGUAGCAGUUCCGUCAAGCUCAUUUGAGUCUGCUAGUUCAUUGCACACUCAGAAUACUUCACAUGUACAAAACAAGGGCACACCUUUUGGAUCCUCCCUUAAAGGUGACAGGUUAAGUCAAUCAAGUUGUCAGCCAUCGCAAAAGCUUAACCAUUCACCAGCAAUGCAUCCUCCAGCACCUGUUAACUCUUCUCCAGCCUUGAGUGAUGAAGAGCUUGCACUGCUGCUGCAUCAAGAACUUAAUAGCUCUCCUAGGGUUCCUCGAGUGCCUCGUGUACGCCAUGGAGGUACUCUACCUCAGUUGGGAUCUCCUACGGCUGCAAGUAUGCUUGUUAAACGAACAUCAAGUACAGGCACAAAGGAUCAACUUCUGUUUUCUAGGAGAAAAAGAGAGGACGCUUCAAGAGACAGUUCUCGCAAACCUAAUGACCGUGCUGACGAAACAAAGAAGGAGAAGUUGCCUUCUUGUCUAGAUCAAAGAAGACAAGAUCCACAGAGUACAGCUAAUGGUUCUACUAAGGUGGAAGCAUGCAAUGGCUCUUCUCAUGUAAUAUCUGCUAAGAAGAAUGCGCUGCCUCCCCUGUCUAGCAAUACUGCAAUUGGUGGUCCAUCGUCCUCGUCUGAAGUUAAUGACCAUAAACCUUCUUCUGUGCGUAGCUCAUCGCGGGAUAUGUCUGACGAUGAAAUAGGUGCUGUUAUGGGACCCACACCUCGUACUUUACCAGGUUUGCUCGAUGAAAUUAUGAGCAAAGGCAAAAGGAUGUCCUAUGAAGAACUUUGCAAUGCUGUCCUCCCUCACUGGCACAAGCUGAGAAAACACAAUGGGGAGCGCUACGCGUACACAAGUCACUCGCAGGCUGUUCUUGAUUGUCUGAGGAACCGGAAUGAAUGGGCUCAGCUGGUUGAUCGUGGACCAAAGACUAGUGCCAGCAGAAAAAGACGGAAGCUAGAUUCGGAGUCACUUUCCGUCGUUGAAGGUGUAGAAGAUGACUUUGACAAGAGCAAUUUAAAGGAGGUAGAAGUUAAGUAUGUUGAAUCGCAACGAGAAGAUUACCCUAAAGGAAAGAGGAUGGCGCGAAAGAGAAGACGACUGGCUCUUCAAGGAAGGGGCAUUAUGGAUAUAAGAAAGAAGCAGAAGGCAGAUGCUGCUAUGGAUGGAGAAGACCUUAAUCUGUCUUCUCAAUCAAGUGAGGGUACUGAAAGCAUGUUUAGCGAGGAAGAAAGCCAAGGAACCAAAACUGGUACCACUGAGGCUUUGACCAGUGAAGAUGAGACUGGAUCAAUGUUAUAGUAUCUCUUAUGGAAGGAAUUUUUUUGGUGGUUCUUUCUACUUAUUGGGAAAGAAAACAGGAGGAGAAGACCUUCUUGGGGUCAGCCAGUACUUAGUUAUCCCUAACCAUCUCUUUUUGACUACAUACCUAAGCUGCUUUAUCAAAUUUUUCGAUGUUAUGGUGAAGUUCAACAAUUUUAUUGUGGGGUUAUUCAGUUUUUUUUUCUUCUUCACUUCGAUCUCAGCAUUGUAACUCAGUUGAUGCUACUUAGGUUGGUUAUCUGUGAAUAAUUAUCACUGUUUGUAGGACUUGUCAAACUAAUCGAUGAAUGUAAAAUAUAAUCUCUUUUCAUGACCA